AUUCUCACUCCCACGUACACGCAGAUGCACGGAGAUCUGUGCAGACGCCUGCCGAAGGAACUGCCGUACCUCAACUCAGGUCCACCUCCGAACCCCGAGGAGAAGCAAUCGGAUCCUCAGCUUCUCUCCUUUUCUCUCAGUUCUUUAUGAAUGAACUCCGGCCGCGAUCAGUUUAUUUUUUUAUGAAUGGGAGCCCAAGCUGUGAAUGAAGCCGGGAGCCAGCCCCCGCGUCCUCAUUGGCCCUUGCGUCUGGGAAACUCCGCCCCCUGGCCCGGCCGGGCGAGUCUCCGGAUUGGCGGGCGUGACAGCCCAGGGGUUUCAUUCACAAAGUCAAUGAAACAAAGGGAACUGGGUGGGGAGGAGUGAGAGCCCAGGCAGAGCCGAAAGAAAUGCACCAAUCAGCUGCUCCCCCGGGCUCACAACUGUCGGCGGCGCCCGGAAAACAGGCCGGUGCGCUGGGGACUCGGGGCCGGGGGUUCCUUGCCCUGGCCAAGCCCCGCAGUCCUCCGUGCCGCCCUGGGGCAGGCUCGGGACCCUCGGGGCUCUUGCACAGACGCCCCGGCCUCAGGUCUCUGCCCCCGCGCGGGGCCCGGGAGGUGCGGCCGGAGGGAGCGGCCGGAUGGAGCGGAGGAUGAAAGGCGGAUACUUGGACCAGCAAGUGCCCUACACCUUCUGCAGCAAAUCGCCCGGAAAUGGGAGCUUGCGCGAAGCGCUGAUGGUCCCCCAGGGGAAGCUCAUGGACCCGGGCUCCCUGCCACCCCCCGACUCUGAAGAUCUCUUCCAGGAUCUAAGUCACUUCCAGGAGACGUGGCUUGCUGAAGCUCAGGUACCAGAUAGUGAUGAGCAGUUUGUUCCUGAUUUCCAUUCAGAAAACUUAGCUUUCCACAGCCCCACCACCAGGAUCAAGAAGGAACCCCAGAGUCCCCGCACAGACCCUGCCCUGUCCUGCAGCAGGAAGCCGCCACUCCCCUACCACCAUGGCGAGCAGUGCCUUUAUCCCAGUGCCUAUGAACCCCCUAGACAAAUCGCCAUCAAGUCCCCUGCCCCUGGUUCCCCUGGACAGUCGCCCCUGCAGCCCUUUCCUCGGGCAGAACGGAGUUUCCUGAGAUCCUCUGGCACCUCCCAGCCCCACCCUGGCCAUGGGUACCUCGGGGAACAUAGCUCUGUCUUCCAGCAGCCCUUGGGUAUUUGCCACUCCUUCACAUCCUCUCAGGGAGGGGGCAGGGAGCCCCUCCCAGCACCCUACCAGCACCAGCUGUCGGAGCCCUGCCCGCCCUACCCCCAGCAGAGCUUCAAGCAAGAAUACCUUGACCCCCUGUACGAACAGGCGGGCCAGCCAGCUGUAGGCCAGGGUGGGGUCAAUGGGCACAGGUACCCAGGGGCGGGGGUGGUGAUCAAACAGGAGCAGACGGACUUCACCUUCGAUGCAGAUGUCCCUGGUUGUGCAUCAAUGUACCUUCACACAGAGGGUUUCUCGGGGCCCUCUCCAAGUGACAGGACUGUGGGUUAUGGCUAUGAGAAACCUCUGCGACCAUUCCCAGAUGAUGUCUGCAUUGUCCCUGAGAAAUUUGAAGGAGACAUCAAGCAGGAGGGGGCCGGAGCAUUCCGAGAGGGCCCACCCUACCAGCGCCGCGGAGCCUUGCAGCUGUGGCAGUUUCUGGUUGCCCUGCUGGAUGAUCCAACAAAUGCCCACUUCAUUGCCUGGACUGGCCGGGGGAUGGAGUUCAAACUAAUUGAGCCUGAGGAGGUUGCCAGGCUCUGGGGCAUCCAGAAGAACCGGCCAGCCAUGAAUUAUGACAAACUGAGCCGCUCGCUCCGAUACUAUUAUGAGAAAGGCAUCAUGCAGAAGGUGGCUGGUGAGCGUUAUGUGUACAAGUUUGUGUGUGAGCCUGAGGCCCUCUUCUCUCUGGCCUUCCCGGACAAUCAGCGUCCAGCUCUCAAGGCUGAAUUUGACCGGCCAGUCAGUGAGGAGGACACAGUCCCUUUAUCCCACUUGGACGAAAGCUCCGCCUACCUCCCAGAGCUGGCUGGUCCGGCCCAGCCCUUUGGCCCCAAGGGUGGCUACUCUUACUAGCCCCUAGCAGCGGCUCCCCUGCCACCAGUGGGUGCUGCCCUGUGUAUAUAGAGAUGAAUUUGGUGUUAGGGAAACCCUCACUCUGAAACCCACAGAUGUCUUUGGAGCAGAUCCUCACUGGCCCUCCAGUCACCUUGGCUCAGCCUCUGAAGUGCUCAAGAGGGUUAAUGGGAAGAGUGGAGACGCUGUAGUGCAAAGACGGAGCCUCAGAAACUCCUAUUGGGGUUCACCUCUGGCCUCUUCCUAGGUCCUGUUUAGAGGCCCGAGCCCUCUUCCUCUCCUCCAUCAUAAAGACCAAGAAUUUGUUCUACUCGGGGUGGGAGGGGAAGGGGGCAAAAAAGAGCUUCCCCAUUUAAGCCUGGCCAGGAGGGGUGCAUUGAGCUCCCCAGAUUUCAAACUCUGGGGACUUGGAAGCCUGGAUCCAGGGCUCCACUCCAAGCUUGUGGCCUGGAGCGCCCUUGCUUGUCAGGUUUUGGUGCUCUGUGUUCCCAGAGGUUGGGGGAGGUGUUGGCUGGGUGGAGGCAGAGAGGCUGGGUUCCUGCCCCCAUGGCCUUGUGCCUCUCCUGCCUUUUCCUAGGUCCAGACCUGGGAUUUCACCUGCACCACCCCCACAUCUGCCCGACCCUAAUAAAGGCCUCUGCUUUUCCUGUUA